AUGCACAUCCCUACUGGCGUAUGGCCAUUACGUCCUGCGUUAGAUGGUGUGUGUAUACCUACUAACGUACAGCCAUUACGUCUUGCGUUAGAUGUUUUGGAAACAGUCUAUAGGUGGUCUCCUUGGGCAUGCGUGUCUCUGGCGAUUCUCCCUUAUGCUGUUUUCCAGUAUACCAUUGACUUUGACAUGCAUCUUUUAUUGAUUUGUAAUUGGUCUGUUGUCAAGUUACUAGAAUACGUUGAAUCAAAGUCUGAUAUAUCUGAUGAUGUGUUCGAAACCCUUAAAGAAGAAAUAAGAUCAAUGUUGCUAAGUUACAAAAGCAGCUGCAACACUAAUGAAAAUGCAAAAAACAAAGCGGGAAAAAUUUUAUCAAGCUUUGACAAGUCUUUUUCCUCAACCGACGUGAAGCAAUUCAUCGAUAGAUUAAAGCUAAAAGGGGAUAAAAGAGAAUUUCACACAACAGUGUGUAGAAACGUUGCAUCGGCAAGUACAUUACAAGCACUAGGGAGAUUUACUUGGACUUCACCUCCAUCACCUCCACCAAAAACAUUCGAUUUACCUGAAGUUAAAUGGGUUAAUGAUGACGUUUUUGCAAUACUUGACGAUUUAUAUUAA